AUUUUCUUUAUAAGCUAGAGUCUGUCUUCCUCCUCACGAACCGGCCUAGUUUUACGUGCUAUCUCUAAAAUCCCGUCUCUUUCUUCUUCAAUCGAUAUUCACACAAUGGAGAUGGUUCAACAACUCUAUAGCACACUCUUUUGCGCCCUCUUCCUACUCCCUUCCCUGGUUUUUGGAGAGUGCAGUUGUGAUACUGGUGAUGAAGAUCAGCGUGACAAGGACCAAGCUCUCAAAUAUAAACUCGUAGCUAUUUCUUCCAUACUCGUUGCAGGUGCACUUGGAGUUUGUAUUCCAAUGCUUGGAAAGACUAUACCUGCUCUGCGUCCCGAGAAGAACAUCUUCUUCAUCAUUAAGGCCUUUGCCGCCGGUGUGAUAUUAUCCACGGGGUUCAUCCACGUACUUCCAGAUGCUUUCGAGAACUUGACGUCGCCGUGUCUUGCAGAGAAUCCUUGGGGGAAAUUUCCGUUCACGGGGUUUGUUGCGAUGGUGUCCGCCAUUGGAACCUUGAUGGUUGAUGCCUUUGCGACUUCAUAUUACAGCAAAUCUCACGUCCAUAACGCUCCACAUGGGACUGGACCACUCGAGGAGAAGGUCGGUGAGCAUGAUGAGGAGGAUCACACGCACGUUCAUACUCAUGCAACUCAUGGUCAUGCUCACGGUCCGGUGGCUUAUUUGGCUCAGAAUCCUGGCUCGUCUGAGCUUCUUCGAAAUCGAGUCAUAUCGCAGGUUCUGGAGUUGGGAAUUGUGGUGCAUUCAGUCAUUAUAGGAAUUUCUCUGGGUGCUUCUGAAAGUCCAAAGACAAUAAGGCCUCUUGUAGCUGCUUUAACCUUCCAUCAAUUUUUUGAGGGCAUGGGACUUGGUGGAUGCAUCUCUCAGGCAAACUUCAAGUCCCGAGCUAUUGCAAUUAUGGUGGUAUUCUACUCUCUUACAACCCCAGUUGGGAUUGCAAUCGGAAUCGGGAUAUCUAAUGUUUACAAUGAGAACAGCUCUACUGCCCUGAUUGUUGAAGGAAUUUUUAAUGCAGCAUCGGCCGGGAUCUUAAUCUAUAUGGCUCUAGUUGAUCUUCUUGCAGCCGAUUUUAUGAAUUCAAGGGUGCAGAGCAAUUUCAAGCUUCAGAUAGAGUCGAAUGUAUCUCUUCUUCUUGGGGCUGGUUGUAUGUCUCUCUUGGCCAAAUGGGCUUGAAGUUGAGCAUUGUGGAAUGUUCUUCUGAUUCCCAAAUGAGAGAAAAUGUAACCUAAUGCAUGUUGUUCAAUCUAAACCUUAUGCUUCUGCUCCUAUAAAGUGCCCUUCAAGUCUCCAAUUUCAAUCAUCAUAAUCAAUGUUCUUCCUUCUUAAGCCACUUGCAUUUUCCAAUUUCCACGCCAAUCUUCCAGU